AUCCAAGUUUGUCUUGUCAAGACUUUUGAGGGAGCCUGUCGAUGCAUCACGAAGUUUUCAACAAUGCAAAGACAGAACAGUUGACAUGGAACAUAGAGCAUAGGCACUUGAGAAUCAAGAUUGCCUCAGAUACAAAUUCCCGGGAAUUAUUCACAUCUUUAGUCAUCACGAGUCUCUCACAGCUCGUGUCAUGACUCUCGGAGGUCACCAAAACCAGGGCAUCACGAAAACCAAACAGCAAACAAAACUUGACACCGUCACUAAUACUCAGUUCUCUCGGCAAGAGCGCCUCCCUAUCGGCUAUAGGUGAACCGGCCAGCUAAUUCAGCCACAUGCUGCAUGGUUAAACCUCCGAAACAACCGCUCAGAGGGCCUGAGAGCUGUCUCAAGCGCGAUAGGGCUGAGCAACGCACCAGAGCCGCGCUUGAAUGCUCAAAUUAGGAUAAGAAACGGGGUUUAGGCGCUUGAUAACCUUCGCCAAUCUUGGAGCUGGUUGCUAGAAGCGUAACUGAUGUGCUUGCUUGGCUUGCUGCGCUUUCAGAAACGAUCAACCGUGCCACUGGGCUGUGUAGGUGUCAGCCCUGUGCACGUCCCCCCGACGAUGUUUCUCUGUGCCGCGUCAAGCGCAGGGGUUUGGCUCUAGACUUGUCUUCCAUUGGUCGAAAGAGACGCUGCAGAAGCGCGAGCGGGAGAGCGUAAAGGGCUCCCGUUUGCAUGAGACGCCAUGACCAUGAUGUUCGUCCCCUUUUCGCUGCCUCCCAGUCUCUUUGUAUCCAACCUUUACAACAACAAUAACAUCACCACACAACUAUCACCAACCCCAUCCCUCCCUCUUGAGAAGAGGGAGCAUGUGCAGGCUGCAGAGUCUCGUUUCUGGGACUUGCGGCCGCAGUUGACCCUAGUCAAUGCCCCAAUGGCCCGAUCCUCCCUUUUCCGCCUCCCCACCAAGCUACGGCGAAGGGUCAGGCGUAAUCGCAUGGCUACCAUUAUAGCUCUCUUCGUCCUCGUAGGCCUCCUAAUCUUUCCCUUCUACUCGGCCUAUUGCGUCUACAAACCUCCGAGAUACCUCAUCCAUUGGCUGCGGAGGAAGUACCCCGACGUCCUUUUCGAAGAGCCCACCGACCAAAGGAUCAUAGCCCUAUCUAUCGACGAUGCGCCGUCCACCCACACCAACGAUAUCAUGCAAGUCCUGGAGGAGAAUGAUGCCCACGCUACGUUUUUUGUCAUAGGAUCUCAGGUUGAGGGUCGCAAGGAUAAGCUCGUCAAUUUGGUUGCAAAGGGGCAUGAGCUGGGAAACCAUGCCAUGCAUGAUGAGCCCUCCAAGUCACUCAGUAACCAAAAGCUGCUGGAGGAAGUCCACCUCGUCAAGGACAUGCUGACGGAGGCAUACGCCGCUAACGGUCAGAUCCUCCCCAACAAUUACUUCCGCCCAGGAUCUGGAAUAUUCAACAGGCGGAUGCGAGAUGUGUUGGGAAACCAGGGUUUUCGCAUCACUCUGGGCAGCGUGUAUCCUCACGACCCCCAGAUACCGUACCCCGACACCAACGCGAAGCAUAUUCUGAGCAUGGCUCACCCGGGAGCUAUCAUUAUCUGCCACGACAGGAGAUCGUGGACUGUGCCCAUGCUGCGCACUGUUCUUCCUGAACUCAAGCGGCAGGGGUAUCGAGUAGUUACCAUCACAGACCUUGUGAAGGCGGUGUCGUCGCAAAACCAAGGGCAAUAACACCUUUGAGCUCUUGUGAGCGUUUCUUUUACCUAUGCAUCCAUUGAGACGGGGAUCAUUAGAAAGUUGGGUUAUGGUCUAGGGUAUAGAUUGGUUUGUCCUUCAGGAAACUUUAAAGUGUAAUUUUUAAUGACCCGUCUUCUUCUAUGAGUUUUUGUAUGUUGUAUCUGGGCGAUGUUAAUCUGUAAAAAGUCAGCUUUGUCGUUGACGGAGAGAGAAAGCCUUCGUACGUGAAUCUAAGUGUGCCCGUGACGAUGGAACGGCAUCCAUCAACG